AAUUAAUGGAUUCGAGACCAGCUCUGAGACUCUCAAGACAUUGGAGACCAGCAAAUGAGAUAUCACUCAAAACUGGUCCUUAACCUCAAGACCACACCUUUUUCUCUAUCUUAUGUGUAAAAGCUAUGGAUAAGCGAUAAGUCGGAUGUGUUUUCGCAGAGUUUGUGAACUGUUGAGGACUAAGAACAAGAAGACACUUGUGAUCGUAUCAGUCGUGUUGGCAAUGCUUUUAAUCAAGUUAUCGCUUCUUCUCUUCGCCUUCGUCUUCUUCAGCCACGCAGAGGGACGAGAGGUUGAGGUCACCCAUGAAGUAGUCUUCGACAUCAAAGUUGGCACAAAGAAUGUGGGAAGCGUUGUGUUGGCCCUCUUCGGCAAAAUGACUCCCAGAACCGUCAAGAACUUUGUCUCGUUGGCCGAUCCCAAGGGCUUUAAGGGCCGUUCAUAUCGUGGCAGUAAAUUCCACCGCAUUAUACCUAACUUUAUGAUCCAGGGCGGAGACAUCACGAGUGGUGACGGUCGCGGAUCCUUUUCCAUAUACGGCGACCGCUUUGCCGACGAAAACUUCGAAAUCAAACACACAGAACCCGGUCUCCUGAGUAUGGCUAACGCCGGCAAAGACACCAACGGUUCCCAGUUCUUCAUCACAACUGUGGCCACGCCAUGGCUCGACGGCAAGCAUACAGUGUUUGGCAAAGUAGUGGAGGGCAUGGAUGUGGUCCGCGAGAUCGAAAAGCUACGCACAGUCGACGACAAACCUGUACACGAAGUGGUGAUUGUGGGCACAAGAGUUCACGAGGUGUCGAAGAUAUUGAAUAUUAACGGCCAGUAGUGGACAGUCAUGUCUUUCCAGUACUCCCAACGCAAUACUCUUCUAAGUUGUGUCCAAAUAUAUAAAUAUUUGUUU